AUGAGUCGCAAAUCCCAUACCGCCGCUGAAAGGUCGUUCAGGUGCCACGUGUGCGGCAAAGUGUUCGGCCAAAAGGGACAUCUGUUGAUUCACAAGAAUGUCCACGCGGUGGUCAGGCCCUUCGGAUGCGACACCUGCGGCAGGCGCUUCACUCAGAAGGGGAACCUCCUUCGACACUCGGUCUUGCACACCAACGAAAAGCCCUUCGGAUGCGGCAUCUGCAAAAAGUUCUUCGUGCAGAAGGCUCAUUUGGUGAAACACGUCGUGGUGCACAGGCAGAGGCUGGCUGCCCUCAAAAGGUGUCGGCGGAGGGAGGCGUCCGAGGUAGGGCCUUCCGCUGAAGCCAAGGAAACCUCCCUCAGGUGCAAGGUCUGCGGAUUACAGUUCAGACGGAUUUUCAAGCUGAUGGAACACCUGAAGGUCCAGCAUAUUCUCGGUAAUUUUAUUCAUAGAUACAAGGGGGCGUGGAGGGAAGGCCAAAUUCCUAGAGGAGGCGUGGUAAUGUUCGGCCAAAAGGGUCAUCUGGAGAUUCACAAGGUGAUGGAGAUGAAGGAGGUGAGGCCCUACGAAUGGGACACCUGCGGCAGGCGCUUCACUCAGAAGGGGAACCUCCUUCGGCUCUCGCUCUUGCACGCCAACGAAGAGCCCUUCGGAUGCGGCAUCUGCAGAAAGUGCCAAGUGUGCGACAAAGUGUUCGGUCAAAAGGGACAUCUGUUGAUUCACAAGAAUGUCCACGCGGAGGUCAGGCCCUUCGGAUGCGACACCUGCGGCAGGCGCUUCACUCAGAAGGGGAACCUCCUUCGACACUCGGUCUUGCACACCAACGAAAAGCCCUUCGGAUGCGGCAUCUGCAAAAAGUUCUUCGUGCAGAAGGCUCAUUUGGUGAAACACGUCGUGGUGCACAGGCAGAGGCUGGCUGCCCUCAAAAGGUGUCGGCGGAGGGAGGCGUCCGAGGUAGGGCCUUCCGCUGAAGCCAAGGAAACCUCCCUCAGGUGCAAGGUCUGUGGAUUACAGUUCAGUCGGAUUUUCAAGCUGAUGGAACACCUGAAGGUCCAGCAUAUUCUCGGUAAUUUUAUUCAUAGAUACAAGGGGGCGUGGAGGGAAGGCCAAAUUCCUAGAGGAGGCGUGGUAAUGUUCGGCCAAAAGGGUCAUCUGGAGAUUCACAAGGUGAUGGAGAUGAAGGAGGUGAGGCCCUACGAAUGGGACACCUGCGGCAGGCGCUUCACUCAGAAGGGGAACCUCCUUCGGCACUCGCUCUUGCACGCCAACGAAAAGCCCUUCGGAUGCGGCAUCUGCAGGAGGCAGUGCGCCUUUUUAAGCAACGAUAAGCCGGCAGAUUCCAAGACUCUCACGCAAAGUUAA